AUGGAGGAAAUGGAGGAAGUAUGGAAGCGUUUGAGAUUGAAUGACGAAGAAGAGCAGCCGAUUGAGAUCCAGCAAAAUACGAUUGGAGCAUUGAGGUUGAAAGGUGAAAGAAGUCUGGUAGGGAAGAUUAUUUCAGAUCGAAGGAUAGGAAAAGAGGUGGUGAGGUCGAUGAUGGAAAAUGUAUGGAAAGUUAGUAAGCCACUGGAAUUUUAUGAGAUCAGGAGUAAUUGUUUCAUAACUACUUUUGUUACUCGAAGAGAUAAAGUGAGAGUGUUAGAAGGCUGUCCAUGGCUAUUUGACAGUUAUCUGCUUGUGAUUAAAGAGUUUGAUGGUGAAACAAAACCUAGUAGAAUAGAAUUUGAUCAUGCAUGUCUAUGGGUACAAAUGCUGGAUUUGCCAUUAAGCUAUAUGAAUCAGAAGAUGGGGGAAGUUAUAGGGAGUUCGAUAGGGGAGGUGAAGGAGGUGGAUGUUCAGGAGGAUGGAUCUGCUUGGGUAAGGUGUCUAAGAGUCAAAGUGAAAUGUGACCUAAGGAGAUCUAUAGCUCGAGGGAGAACUAUUCUAGUAGAUGGAAAGAAAAGCUGGAUUCCUUUUCGAUAUGAGAAAUUGCCUCGGAUGUGCUUUGGUUGUGGUAGAAUUGUACAUGAAAAGGAAGGUUGUAAGGUUGAGGAAGGGAUUUCUGGUCAGUAUGGUGUGUGGCUUCGAGCUAUGCCUCAAGCUAGAAAGAAUUAUGGCAGGGGUGGGGGGAAGCAAACAAAGGUUAGGAGUGAGGAGAGUGAGGAUCAUUUGAGAUCUAAUUGUGUAAAUGAAGAGAAUGAAGGGGGGAAUAACAAACAUAAUUUUGGUGAUGAGGAAGUGGAAGUGAGUGAGGAGAGCUCCAAGGUGAUGAUGCUUAAUGAAGAACAGUUAAUAGUAAUGAAGCAAGAAGUGAAUAAGGAACUUACAAAGUCCUAUGUGAAUGUGGAAGAUGUGCAAACUAUUGUGGAGGAAAGUAGGUUGAUGGUUGAAAAGCUGAAUUCAAAUGAAGCUAACCAGGUUCCAGAUAAUAAAAAGGCUACUAGAUGGAAGAGAAGAACUAUAGCUAGACCUAAGUCAGGUAAGUAUUCUAAUCCUUACUCUAUGUUGAAAAGAAAUCAUGAGUCGAUUGAAGGUGCUAGUGAGGUGGUAAGUGAAGGAAAAAGAAUAAAAGGAGAUGUUGAGAUGGUCUGCAAUGAUGACAGACUAGGGGUGGUUGCUGCUGAGCAGCACCACCUGGCAUUAUGA